CAUGGCCCCACCUUCUAGGUGCCCCUCCAUGAAUUGUCAGCCUUCUCUCAUAACCAACAGCUUCCAUCGAUUUCUCCCCUCAGAACAUAUCACAACAACUUCAAAAACAUCACCAUGGCUGACAACGAACCUACACCCGCUGAGACCGCCGCUGCUAACGCAAAGGAGGCCGAGGAGCAGGCUGCUCUUCCCUACAAGUGGACUCAGACCAUCUCAGAGCUCGAUGUCACCUUCAAUGUACCCGGAAACCUCAAGUCGAGGGAUCUCGUCAUCACUAUCAAGAAGCAGAGCCUACAGGCGGGUAUCAAGGGCCAGGAUCCAAUCAUCCAGGGCGACCUCCCCCACGCCGUCCACGUUGACGACUCUACAUGGACGCUCAGCACCAACUCAGAUGGCACCAAGACAGUUGAGAUCCACCUCGACAAGGUGAACAAGAUGGAAUGGUGGGCGCACGUUGUCACCUCCGCUCCCAAGAUCGACGUGACCAAGAUCCAGCCCGACAACUCCAAGCUUUCAGAUCUCGACGGUGAGACCCGCGGUAUGGUCGAGAAGAUGAUGUUCGACCAGCAGCAGAAGGAGAAGGGCCUGCCUAGCUCAGACGAGCAGAAGAAGGCGGAUAUCCUCAAGAAGUUCCAGGAGCAGCAUCCCGAGAUGGACUUUAGCAAGGCCAAGAUCAACUAAGCAAGCGAAAAGUACUUAUGACGAAUCCCAAUUGAGAAGUUAAAAAGACGUUUCAUUUCGUUACUUGUUGUGUUUUCAUCUCGUUUCUAGAGCAAUUGCUGCGCGCUCGAGAAACGCGUUGAAGUUUUUGACUUGUUGGAGCAUACCGCCUGCGGAGCUCGAUGAGCUGGCUUCGUCUGUGAUGCGUGCGACGAGAAGCUCGAGGUUAGCCAGAUCGGCCUUUUUCUCCUGGGCGCGUGAUAGUUCAGGGGCGUCUCGUCCCCGUUCGACUGCCAUGUCUAUGUCAUGCAUUAUAGCUGAGGUAUCGAGUCGGUACUACAAUUGUUAGCGGAGGUUGCAGCAGAUGAAAGUAUCAGUCAACUCACUUUUGACUCUCUGGUGUCCUCUUCGUGCUUGAUGCGUACAGCAUCCAUCUUAAGCGCAACUUGUUCCCUCUCUGCUUUGAGACGUAAUAUCUCUUCUCGCAAAGAGAACUUCUCUCGCUGUACCAGACGAACACGCUUCCGUAAUGAUUGCCAGU